AUGUCUUCAUAAAUAUAAGUUUGUUUAGACACGUUGGCUUUUGAUUAAAUUGAAGAUAUAGCCUUGAUUAACGGAUAAACUUCAAUUUAGCUGAAUGUAUAUACACCCUUUAGCUAAUAUUGUUUUGAAAGUAUUACAAUUGAUAAAAUCAGGCACUAAGCCAAUUAAGGAAUUUUAUGAUUAUGUGUAACAUAUUCAAAAACAUGGAUUUAUAUUAUUAAGCUUAGAUAAAGCUUAAAUUGAUUUACUACAGUCUGUAAAGGAUAAAAAGAAAACAAUUAUUGCAAUUAAUAAAUUGAUAAAUGAGCUAUUAUAUAGAAGAGAUCUAAUAACAAAAUAAAGAGUAAAAAAUUAUAUUAUUUAGAGACCAUUAAUUUGCUGGGCUUGAAUUAAUAAAUUGAAGUAUAUUCAUAAAAGAAAACUUUGGUAAUUUUUCAUAUAUAUAAAAGAAUAGAUUCCUAAUAUUAUAAUGGGUUUUAAAAUUUCUGAUUCUAAUCUCACUGCAUCGUAAAUGAUAAUUGUUAAUUAAUAUUUGAUUGUAACUUUAGAAAAUUAGAGUUAAUUACAAAAAUUUGGCAAAAUCUGGAAUUUGAUUGAACCUGAAAUAAUGGGUUAAUUGAUGAUAUUUUUAAUUGGAGAAACUACUCCUUUCCAAAGAAUUUUUGAAAAAUAUUAUAGUUUUAAACUAUUUUGUGUGGAAAAUAGUAAAUUUUAAAAUUAUAAUUAGUUAAUGAUAAGCUUAUAGUAGGUACAUGUUAAGGAACAUUAAUUAUAUACUCUAUGACAGAACAUUCCAUCCAAGAAAAGGGAAUUAUUUAAGUUUUAACGUCUCCAAUAUACAGAAUCAAUAAUUUUAAUUAAGAAAUUUAUCUUGUUACAGAUAGUUAAAUUAAGAUAUUGGAAUAGUAGAAUUUUGAAUUGAUUGGAGGAGGAAGUCUCAAAAAUAGAUUAUAAACAUCUUGGAUUACAUGUUUGAAUUUUGAUAACAAAGAGAAGCUAUUGUUUUUAGGUAAAAAAAUAAAAUAAAUAAAUAGGAACUUCUUAAGGAUUUAUUUUGGUUUAUAAACGAACCGAAAAACUAGAAUUUUUAAAUUAAAUUAAUUUUAAUGUUAAUACUGCAAUUAAAUCUCUAUAAAUUAUUGAAAAUUACCUUUAUCCAUGCACUGAAAAUGGAGUAGCUAUUAUACAAAUGAAAUAUAAAGAUAAUUAAUUUUAAUACUAGGAAAAAACAGCAUUUGCAAGUUAAUUGAAAUUGGUUGGGUUUCAAAAAUCCUUAACUUCAGUUUUUGGAUUUACAUAAUGUGGAUUAAUAGUUUAAUGGAAUCCAGAAAAUGGUUAAAUGGAUUAAGCUUAUAGAAUAGAUAAAAAUUGUUUAUAUGGAUUACACUAUUAAAAUUAAAUAUAUAUCGUUACAAGUGAAUAAAUGAUUCAUAUAAUUAAUUUUUAAUGA